ACACUGGCCGGCAAGCCGCUCGCAGCCGCCAUUUUGUCCGUCUUCCUGCUACCGCUUGUCGCUCGUGUGUUCGUUGAUGAGGUGGAACAUAAAGAGCGCGUAAGGUUUCGCGCCCAAGCUCCCAAGCUUUUCCACAUUGAAUUGCGGCUUCAAGGAACGGCCUCACAAUGAAUUACGGCCGGGCACCGCCACAGAUCGACGGCAUGACGUCGUUGAAGGUGGACAACCUCACGUAUCGCACCACGCCGGAGGACCUGAAGCGGGUCUUCGAAAAGUACGGGGACGUCGGCGACGUCUACAUACCGCGGCAUCCCUACACACGUGAAAGCCGUGGAUUCGCCUUCGUGCGAUUCUACGACAAACGCGACUGCGAGGACGCCAUGGACUCGCUGGAUGGCUACAUCCUGGAUGGCCGCGAAUUGCGCGUCCAAAUGGCGCGCUAUGGGCGGCCAUCGGACCCGUACCGCCAGUCGUCUUCGCGAAACGUCAGACCGAGCCGCCGUUCCCGUUCGAGGUCGAGGAGCCGUGGUCGCCGGUCCAGGAGCCGACGACGUUCAUCAUCUAGAAGCCGUAGGCGGUCCAGGAGCCGGUCCCGGCAUCGCCAGUCAACCUCUCGCAGGUCCAGGAGUCGUUCAAAGGAGCGUAGGCGUUCCCGCAGCCGCUCUCGCAAGAGCCGGAGCCGAUCCAGGGAUCGUCGCAAGAGUCGCAGCAAGUCCAGGGAUCGUAGUCGUAGCCGUUCUCGAAACCGUGAAGUUAAAAGGAGUCGUUCCAAGUCGAGGAACAGAAGUCGCUCAAAAUCCAGAGAUCGUAGCCGAUCUAAGGAACGUGGAGCAAAAUCCAAGCGACGCAGCCAAUCAAAGUCAAAGGGUCGUCGCAGUCGGUCAAAGUCCAAGGAACGUAGUCGGUCCAAGUCUAAGGAACGGAGCCGAUCAAAGACGAAGGAUUACCGCUCCAAUUCUGGCGAACGCAGCCACAGCAAAGAUCGCAGCCGAUCCAAAUCCAAGGAACGUGGCGAAAGCCAACACAAGAGCCGAUCAAGGUCUGCGGAACGCGGUCAGAGCCAGCGACGGAGCCGGUCCAAGUCCAAGGAACACAGUCGCUCAAACUCCAGAGACCGCAGCCGAUCUCGGGGCAACAGUCGCAGCCAGUCCAAGGAACACGGCGACGGCAAGUCACGUCGUAGCCGCAGCAGAAGCCUCCAUGACGGCAAGCAGCGAGAUCGCAGCCGUAGUCGAUCCCACAACGGAGAUGGCCGCAGCCCAUCGCAGAGCCCAAGAAAGGUGGCUGAUGAAAGGGCUGAUUCGAGGUCGCGGUCAAGGUCACGCAGCCCGGGAGAUAAGCACAGUUCACCACCUCCAGAUCCAGCAGAGUCCAACGGCGAUCAUGAGAUGCGCUCACCUGAACGAGACCGCCGCUCUCGAUCCAAAUCGCAGGACUCCAACUGAGACAUGCCCUGAGGUGUGAGGGCGUUGGUAAAAGGCGUUGGUGGCUCUGUCGAAAUGGCGGGACACCAUGUACGAGUUCCAGCUGCGCUGAGUUCGGGCGGUGGUUUCCAGAGUGCGGGACGUGUGCUGAAGCUUGCGUGCUACCCCCAACCCACUUGCUCAUCACCUCCAGGCUGUCUUUCUUUUUUUUUUUUUUUUCUAGCCAUUUGCCUCCUCCCGACUAAAUUCCAAGGACAAGUUCUAUUUGCAGAGAAAUUGGCAAAUGUCGAGGAAUGAAAUUUAAGAAGCUGACGUUUGCAUAUCCUGGGCAAACAUGUAGCUUUUGUUUUUGUUGAAAUAGGGGGAAAUUACUUGGUUGAUCUCAGUGGGCUUUCUUUAAGUGGUUAAGCUUUAUAAAAUUGCUAGCUUUCAGCAGUUAUGCAGCUUCUGAUCAGUUGUGCUGGCGUGUGCGCAAGCAAAAAUUUUAAUCCCGGCCGUGAUAUCUGUAAAAGCACACUCUUGGUACUACAAGCAAGAAUUUAGACCACAGGCUUGAUACAUGUGAGAGCACACUAUUCGUUCUACAAAUAAUUUUUACUUGGUCCUUUGAAGUAGACUUUUUUUUUUACUUUUGUUGAAUGCCUGAUGUCGUAACUGAACAACCGUUUCAAAGGUACCGCUUGAGCAGCAAAGCCUGGUUGCUCGAGGCAGCUCGCAAGAGACCGAGAAGGCCGAGCGAGCGGUUUGGGGGGCAGAAGGGUGUUGGCGGUCCGGCGGGCGGUUUGCAGCCGGAGCUGUGGCAUGCUGUUGGGUGGUGCCGGUGUGUUGCUGAUGAGCAGCGUUGCUGUGCGGGAAAACCGGUGUAAGUAGUUGGAUCGAGAUGAUGGUGAGCCAAUGUCUGACUAAGUCUCGCCACAGGCCGGGAUCCCUACCUGAGGGGGCGUGUCGUGUAGCAGCCCGGCAGUAGUUCCGGCUCGUGUUCCAGCUUUGCCCCGUGCGAUGGCGUUGCGGUGGUCCUGGCACGUUCGCUGUCCUGUGGUGCCGAGUUCCGUGUGGUGGGGCAUUUGCCGAAGGAGCUGUGUGGUUUGGUGCCACUGCUUUCUUUCUUUCUUUUCUUCUACAUUUACCUCUAGGUGUGUCGUCCCUGAAGACCAAAGGCAGCUUGCGAGCAGGAAGUUUCGGAGUAGAGUAUGCAGAGCGACUUUGUCCUUUUUUUUCUUUCUUUGGUGCCAAAGCUUGAGCUGGAUUUGUUCAUGGUAGGGCUUACUUCUAGUAACUUGAUUAGUAUGUGCAGUUCUCGAUGCCCGAAAUUUCAGCAUUGAGCAGCAAAUGUUAACUUUGCGCUGCUUCUGAAAUACUUAAAUUAACUGUCAGAGUGAAGGGUUACUUGUCAGCAUUGUUGUCAGAAAGCACCAGAUGGUCACAAUUUGUGUUCAUUUUGCUGUUGCAGAACUGAAUGUGCUGUGUGCGGGUAUCAACCGCAACCAAUGCACAGUAUUUAUUGCUGGCGCAUUUUGGAGCAGGCACUUGAUGCCACAUUGCCUACUCAGUGUGCUUGGCUUUAGUACUACAGUAUAGCAUUCAAACAGUUUGCAUAAGGUGGUAAAAACAAAAUUUUAAUUUCAGAACAUUGGGCGUAUUGGCCCAUUUUACCGUUCAAAAAGUUUACUGUUAAGCAGUCCUCGAUGUGUCUGCAUGCUCUGCUCUUAGGACUUCACAUUGGUCGUGUAGAUAACUAUAGUUCAAAAGUUGCCAUCAAAUAAAGGUCUUCAGCCUUAA